GGGGCUGAGAGGGUCGCUGCGCAGCUAGAGCGCGCAUUACGGUAGAACGCUGGACCAGAUCCUGGUGCCGCAGCAGCAGGAGAGGCAGCAUUAGAAGGAGCCGAGCAUCCCAUUCCCAGGAGCCAGCGCCCCCCCACCUCCAGCCAUGGCCAAGGAGCGGCCGGAGAAAGCCGAGGAGACCGAGCAGAUGAUCGAGAAGGAAGGAGCAAAGGAAGGCCUGGAGGCCACGGCAGCCGGGGAUGGCAAGGAUAUGAGAGCCGUGCUCCUCUCUGGCUUUGGGGGGCUCAACAAGCUGAGGGUGGCCAGAAAAGUCAUGCCUGAACCCCAAGAGGGCGAGCUGAAGAUCAGAGUCAAAGCCUGCGGUCUCAAUUUCAUUGAUCUGAUGGUUCGACAAGGAAAUAUAGAUAACCCGCCGAAAACACCACUGAUCCCUGGUUUUGAGUUGGCUGGAAUUGUUGAAGCACUGGGAGGAAAUGUCACUGGCUUUGAGAUUGGUGACCGUGUUAUGGCUUUUGUAAAUUACAAUGCUUGGGCAGAGGUUGCAUGCACUCCCGCUGAGUUUGUAUAUAAGAUUCCGGAGGACAUGACUUUUCCCGAAGCAGCUGCCUUUCCAAUGAACUUUGUUACAGCAUACAUGAUGUUAUUUGAGGUUGCGAAUCUACGAGAAGGAAUGUCGGUCUUGGUUCACUCUGCUGGUGGUGGAGUCGGUCAAGCUGUCGCACAGCUCUGCUCAACAGUUCCCAAUGUCAAAGUUUUCGGAACAGCUUCAGCAUUUAAACACGAGGCCAUCAAGAAUUCCCUCACUCACCUUUUUGACAGAAACUCUGAUUAUGUCCAAGAAGUGAAACGAAUUUCCCCAGAUGGAGUAGACAUUGUCUUGGACUCUUUAUGUGGAGAAAACACUGGAAAAGGAAUUGGGCUUCUUAAGCCUUUGGGAACAUAUAUUUUAUACGGUUCAUCCAAUAUGGUCACGGGUGAAACAAAAAGUUUCUUCAGCUUUGCCAAAUCAUGGUGGCAAGUCGAAAAAGUGAAUCCUAUUAAACUUUAUGAAGAGAAUAAAGUUAUGGCUGGCUUCUCACUGCUAAACCUGCUCUUCAAGCAGAACCGUGCCCCAGUCAUUAAGGGGGUGAUUGAUAAACUUCUGGCCCUAUACAAUGAGAAGAAAAUCAAACCAUUAGUUGAUUCGUUGUGGGCUUUGGAAGAGGUUAAAGAAGCAAUGCAGCGAAUUCACGACAGAGGUAACAUUGGAAAGCUCAUUCUGGAUGUGGAGAAGACUCCAACCCCACUGAUGGCCAAUGACAGCACAGAAACCAGUGAGGCGGGGGAAGAGGAAGAAGAUCACGAGGGGGACACGGAAAACAAGGAGCGGAUGCCUUUCAUCCAGUGAUGGCAUGCACAGAUGUUCAGAGGAAGGCUUACAAGACGGAAAGUUCCAUUCUGUGCAUCAGUGAACAAUGUUGCUGUAGUACAGUGUGUGUUGUAUUUGUCUGCAGUCUGCUGAGCUAUAAGCCGUUGAACAAUGUUGUCUACCCUGUGGCAAAUAAUGCCCAUUUUGCAAUCUUUAGUUGAGUUGGCAUUUUGUGGAACUGGAUUGCAAUUGCUUUAUCAAGCUGAUCCCAGAUGACCCAUUAUGUUUUAAAUGGAGCUUUUAACUCCUUUGCAAACAGUUUGGGAUGAAACAUUAGCUGUUCUGAUUAGUGACAUUCAAGCUGUGUAGCAAGAGUUAAAUGUCUGCUUUGCUAUGCACUGCUCCUCUGUAGCAAAGGGUUAAAGAAAAAGACAAAAACAAACUCAUGCCAAGUACAUUAGCUAAAAGUUGCCAAAAAAGCAGGACUGCCACCGUAACUCAAGUGCCAACCCCCUUUUUUAGUAUUACGUGCCAUCUGUUGCAAGCUAAACACUUAACCUCCUAUAACAUGCUCAGCAUUAACCCUUUAAAAGGGUUUACUUCUUUUAAAAAGCCUUAGGACAUUGCUCUGCAAUUUAGCAAAUCGGGCUGAGAGCCCUUCACUUUUUUUUGUCUUUUU